AUGGGCCCCUGUACCGCCUCCUCAUGCUGCUGCCAGGCCCGUAAUCUGCCAUGGGCCCCCGUACCGCCUCACUCAUGCUGCUGCCAGGCCCGUAAUCUGCCAUGGGCCCCCGUACCGCCUCCUCAUGCUGCUGCCAGGUCCAGAGUCUCUCAUGGGUCCCUGUACGGCCUCCCAUUGCUGCUGUCUCCAUCGCCACACUCUGCCAUGUGCCACUUUCAGGUCUCCUCACACUGCUGGUGGGUUCCAUUUUGUCAUAGGGUGCUGUAUGGCCUCCCAUUGCUGCUGCCUCCACCGCCACACUGUGGCUCCACACUCUGGUUUUGGCCCCGUGACUGCCCAAAUGAGUGAAGUGUGCGGUGAUUCUAAGAUCGACGGCACUCAUCUGCAUGUCAUACUGACUGACAGUAUUAUUUCUCUUCCCCAGCAGACUCCAAGGGCAUUUAAAUUAAAGGUACAGUGUUCUGCACUAAUA